GCGUUCGUCGAGGCUGCACCGCUGCACGCUUUCGGACAGCUGUCGAGGCUUUUAGGAGAGGAUUUGCGAGAAACUCGUAUUUCCUGUCGGCCAUUCACGAUGCUGGAACUGAAGACGGGUGCGGACGUGCGUCGCGCGUUCAUCGACUACUUCCGCGAGAAGCAGCAGCACACCUACGUGCACUCGUCGUCAGUGAUCCCGCACGAUGACCCGACGCUGCUGUUCACCAACGCCGGCAUGAACCAGUACAAGCCCAUCUUCCUUGGCACUGUGGAGCCCGGCUCGGAGCAAGGCCGACUGCGGCGCGCCGUCAACAGCCAAAAGUGUAUCCGCGCCGGUGGCAAGCACAACGACCUGGAUGACGUGGGCAAGGACGUGUACCAUCACACCUUCUUCGAGAUGCUGGGCAACUGGAGCUUCGGCGACUACUUCAAGAAGGAGGUCUGCACGUGGGCCUGGGACCUGCUCACAAACGUGUUCGGCCUGGAUAAAGACCGUCUGUACGUCUCCUACUUCGAGGGAAAGGAGGACGCCGGUCUCGGGCCCGACCUGGAGACCAAAAACAUCUGGCUGUCGCUCGGAAUCCCGGAGGGACGUAUCCUGAAGGGCAACAUGAAGGACAACUUCUGGGAGAUGGGCGACACGGGCCCGUGCGGCCCCUGCACGGAGAUCCACUACGACAGGAUCGGAGGCCGAGACGCCGCCCACCUGGUCAACAUGGACGACCCCAACGUGGUCGAAGUGUGGAACCUGGUCUUCAUCCAGUUCAACAG